AUGGCAAUUUCUUCAGCUAUAGCUUUUUUUGCUGAAACUAUUAGUGAGCCAAAAACUUCCAAAAACCGAAUCUUCCCAUUUUCUAGAAUUGAGCACAAUGGUGAACUAUCACCUCCAUCAAGUGCACCAGUGAUUAAUGAGGUCUUACCUGGUGCAUUAGAAAAACAAUAUGAGGAAGAUGAGCAAAGAAAUGGUGUUGAUGAAGAGGCUGUUGCAAUACCAGACAUAUUUAAGGCCAUGACUAACGAUAAGAAAUGGAAGCUUAGUACAGGGAAAUAUGUUGAAGAUGUUUUAUAUGAUUUGGGAGUGAAAUGCAAGUAUCACAAUCUUAUACAUUCAUUCAUUAUAAAUCCAAGUGACAAUUUUGUCCAAACUGGAUUUGAUCCAAAAAAAAUUAGUGAAAUUAUCAACAAAGAAUAA